AUAGGCGUAUAGAUUAAUCUUAAAAGAAGGACUCCAGGAAAUAUAUAAUUUUGUUUCUAUGCCCCAAAUGAAUUAUGAGCUAAAACGAAUGGAUGAUUAAACCUGUGGAAACUAACAGACAAACAAACAGGGUCAAAAACAAACUCUUUGGUGGAGGCAAUUAUUACUACUAUUAUUUCAAUUUAUUUUAUUCACGGAUCAAUAGGCAAACAUUCAAAACCAUUCAUUUUCCCCAUAGGUAGAUCCACUCGACAGAUCUAGUUAUUGUUUGCAGAAAACUUUAAAGUGUGAGAGGACAACUCCCUUUUUGUAGUUUGAGAGAUCGUCUAAUUUUUGAAUAGAGUGAUCUUUUUUACACAAACGAUCUUUGGUACGCAAAUUCCUCCGGCAGUGACGUAGUCGCGGCGACCUGACGUCUGUUUUUGCCAACGGGCCUCUUUUUAACAGCGCGUGCAAAAGCGGAUUUAAUCACCGUGCAGACAGGCUGAUCAUCUGGAUGAGCUCACUGAUGAAGGGUUUGAUCAGUGAAGCUAAUCAGCAGACAUUUAAGGCUUGGCAGCACUGUGGCGGGCUGGGGGCUUAUUUAAUACGUUUUAUCCGAAUUUAGUUCAGUUAAAAAAAAACACAUUUUCUUAAGAAAUCAGCUUUUGGAUACACCUACAAACAUUUAAAACUAAACUGCGACUUAUACAUUUAAGUUAUGAACUAAACAUUUGGAUUUUUCAUUCUUGCAGCUCAUGUUAAUGCUGUGUUUUAUAAUCCUGGUUACAUAUAGCUGCUCAGCUAGCAGUGGUUUCCCGACCCUGCAUCCCAGAGUCCAUCCAACACUCUGGGGCACCGUUUAAGUUUGCUGCAGUUAAAGAAGCUGGUAGGAUAGAAAAGCAGCAAUGCUCUGGGUGUAGAGGACCAAGACUGUGGCACUUAGGUCCACACUGCAUUUUAAGUUUUUAAUUGCCCCAGAGGGGUCCACAUUGGAUGCCUGUGUUUGGUGGAGAGGAAUGUGGGGUGGAGCUGGGGGGAAAUUCUUCUCUGUGGGACAGACAUUGGCAUCCACCUACUAACCCCCAUCCUACUGAUACACACACUGUGCAACGGAGAGAAGCUGUCCUUAUCUGUUUAAUUUACCAUUACCUCAAAGCCCAUAUGUUUCAGUACUCAGUAAAAUGCUUUAAGCAUAUAAAUAAUACAUGUAGAAUAUUAUCAAAUCAUAAUACACCACAAGAAGUAUGUCAGCACAUAUAGGCACAUUAUACAGCGGGUGAAACAUGACAUAUGGGUUUAUGUGUAAUAAAUCCCAGUUACAAUAGCAUUUAUUCUGGGGAUGAUUCAAAUUAGUGUAAGCUUUUAAACCUCUUAUUUACAGGCUACAAAGAAACAAGGUAAGCAGAGGUAACUGGUAAGAGGCCUAUUGCUCUAAUGCAGAGCCUUAUUCACAUAAAUCACAUUUAGUGGGAAAGGUAUGAAAAUCAUGAACACAUCAAUCAGGAAAUAUGUCACCUGCAGGUUAAUGAGCAUUUAAUGAAAUACUUGCCGAAAGCCACAUUUUCCAGAGUGAAUUAUCACAGGGUUGAAUGAACAUGAUGUUUGUGACACUUAACAAAAGUGGAACAUUAUGAGUCUUACAAGGCCAAUACACACACAGCUCAGCUAUAUGGGAAUCAGUUGAGAAUGAAUGAGAAUUAAUUUAUUGAAUUGAUAGUUAAUAAACGGUUAAUUCAUUCAAUUUUUAAUAGAUUACAUUACGUGAUGUCAGGUUAAUAAUACAUGAUUUGCAUUUGUAAAUACAAAUGCACAUAACUAGGUUAUUUAUGUUUAUGUUUAGGAUCUAAGUUUUCACGGCAUGAUAUAACACAAUAAUGAGUUUAUAGUGUUUAUAACGUUGUUCUUAAGUAGGAUUAUAACAGGUGUUGAGACAACCCUUUUGCAGCGUUACUGUUGUGUAGCCUAAUAGAAAAAUUGUGGAACAUUUUCUAUUCAUUUUAAUUAAUAUUGUCUAUUAUGUAUUUCAUUCAACUGUUCUAUUAUGUUUUUGUACUAUUUCUAUUCAUUUCAAACUGCUAUAUGUCCCAGAGUUUCUUUACGUCAUGGUCUAUACCAAAAAACUGUAUUUAUUCACUCAUAUAUUUAUUCAUUUUUACUGGCCUAAUAUUUGUCUAAUUUAAGGACAGUGAAUCUAAAGAAUACGGGUCCGUUUUUAAAAACCCACAAUAUCGAGGACAUUACCUCCGUAACGGUGUAGACCGACCGGAGUCCAUUCUUCUUGUGGAAGAAAUGCCAUUACUUUGUUCUUUUAUUUGACAUGUUUAACACCGUAUCCAGGUCAGAGCUACGUCCUCCACCACCUCCUAAUGACUGACGGGUCUGUGCGCCGUCACUGGAAAAAAAAAAGUAUCAAAAUGCCGAAACCCGGGAUCGAACCAGGGACCUUUAGAUCUUCAGUCUAACGCUCUCCCAACUGAGCUAUUUCGGCGGUGAAGUCAUGAAAGGGUUCACGCCACAUUUAGACACGCUGACAUGGCAACCCUCGUCCUUUUUACAUCGGUAAUUAACACGAACAUCGUCACGCGUGGAGAACAUUCACCCCGCCGUUAGAUUACCGUUACACCACGUUCCACACGGUGACGUAAUUUUCACGCCCAUCAGCGCAGAGGCUGCUGGGAAGAAAGGUCAAGAAUCGAUGGGAUGGCCGCGGAAGGUACGGGUUUACUGCCGCAACAAAGAUUAUCGCCUUGUAGGACUAAUUUCUACUGGCAAAACUACUUAACUAUUUCAAAUGACACCUGCACGCUCUGCUGCCUACAACACAGCAAACAUUACAAUAAGGUAUCGCCCGUUUUUCUGAGACUCAGUCGACACUCUGGCUAGCUGCCGUUAGCUAGCUAGCAGCUGCAUUGUUAUUGUUUUCGCUUCAUUUGGCGGCCAUAUAAACAAUAGUCCCCGAGGUUCCCCAGCCGAGGCAGGGGUCCGGACUGCCUGAGUGAUGUUUUUCUGUCCGUCCCGGGAAGAUGGAUGAGAAGUCCAGCAGCAGCCACCACCGGCUCCUAAUCGUCCUGCUCAUGGUGUUGCUGUUUGGCGUCAUUAUGAUCCAGUAUGUGUGCCCGAGCAGGUCUGAGUGCCAGAUGCUACACCAGCUGGGGUCCUGGUUUAAGGGCGGCAGUGCAACUGGUUCCCGGAGCAGUGGCAAUGAAGUCCAAGACGGGCUCCAAAAAGAUCCGUACAUUGCAGAAGACGGCGCUCUGGUCCGCUUUGUCCCUCGCUUCAACUUCACCAAAGCCGAUUUAAAUCGCGUUGUAGACUUCAACAUCAAAGGAGAUGAUGUUAUAGUUUUUCUGCACAUUCAAAAAACGGGUGGCACGACGUUUGGUCGACACCUGGUGCGGAAUAUUCAGCUGGAGAGGCCCUGCGAGUGUCACGCAGGUCAGAAGAAAUGCACCUGUUACCGGCCAGGUAAAAAGGAAACCUGGCUCUUUUCCCGUUUCUCCACCGGCUGGAGCUGCGGGCUUCAUGCGGACUGGACUGAGCUGACCAGCUGCGUCCCGUCGCGCAUGGACUCUCUCGAGGUUCCCGAGAACCUGCCCAGGAACUAUUAUUAUAUAACCAUCUUAAGAGACCCAGUAUCACGCUACCUGAGCGAGUGGCGGCACGUGCAACGUGGUGCUACAUGGAAGGCCUCCUUACACGUGUGUGAUGGACGUUCACCAACGCUGUCUGAGCUGCCAAGCUGCUACUCGGGAGACGACUGGUCAGGUUGCUCCCUGCAGGAGUUCAUGAACUGCCGCUACAACCUGGCCAACAACCGGCAGACCCGCAUGCUGGCUGAUCUCAGCCUGGUGGGUUGCUACAACGUCUCAGCCAUGAGUGAGGAAGAGCGCUGGGCACUACUCCUGGAGAGCGCCAAACGUAACCUACUUGGCAUGGCCUUCUUUGGGCUGACCGAGUACCAGCGUAAGACCCAGUAUCUGUUUGAGCGUACCUUCAACUUGGAGUUCAUCGCACCCUUCACACAGCUCAACGGCACACGCGCCUCCACUGUUGAAGUACCUCCUGAAACGCAACACAGAAUCCUCCAGCUAAACCGAUGGGACGUAGAGCUGUAUGAGUAUGCCCGUGACCUUUUUCUGCAGCGUUUCCAGGUGGCGAGGCAGCAGGAGCGCAGGCAGGCCAGGGAGAGGCGGCAUCAGGAGAGGAGGCGGCUCCGUGGAAGGCUCACAACAAAGCAAGGGAGGCAGCUGAAGCCCACAGAAACACCUCCCCAGCCUGACAGACACACUGUAGUAACUGAGGAGCAGCAGAGGGGGAAGGCUGAUGGAGACGGUGUAGAGUCAGAAGUGCUACUCCCAGUCUGGUGGGAUCUGGAUGAGAACGGCACCAUGGAGGAUUACAUGGACAAUGUGGAACAGUGGUAGUGACGGGAACAAAGCAGUAUGGUGUCUUAAUACUAAGUGUGCCAAGUUCUGCCUUGUCUGUUGUUAAUGAAUCCAAGUUAGUUUUAGUGUAUGCCUCCCACUAAAUUAUCCUCACCUUGAACUGAUUUAAAUUACACACAUUUAUUUAUUGAUACUUAUUGUAUUUCUUUGCCACAACUGACAUUCAUAAUAGAUAUAUUUCCUUGACAGAAAGAGAGGUUGGUGUAGGUACCUGCGAUCCUGUACCUUUUUAGUGAUCACACAAGCCUUCUAGACUGCUCUCCUGGCUUUUAAACACAUCUGAACUCUUGUGAUGUAGCUUGGAAUGAGGGGAUGUUUAAUUUUUCUUUGUUAAAAAGAACAAUGUAAUACUAAUACGCUACUAUUUGUGAUUUGCAAUCGUCAUAUUUGCCAAAUUGUUGUCUUGUAUGAAAUACAUACAUUUUUAAAUGUACCUGUGAUUUUAAGUGUCUUUUAAGUAACAGAAAAGGAGAUUGGAGUUUUCAUAGAUACCUCAAUGUGUAGCAUUAACUGCUAAUGUUGUAAAAUUACUGAAUGUGUCCCAAGUCUCAGUUUUUAUAUAAAAAUACUUUUACAUUCACUGAA